AUGCGCCUGCAGAUUUUGCUUCACCCUCACUUGCGCACGAAGCUGCCGCAAUGUGCCCAGCAAAGCCUUCGAAGGAGUGUCUGGGUCCGGUACAAGUCGCAAAUCCCUCGGCCAUCUCAGAAGCACCUUUCACCACUACCUAAAUCAAAGGAAUCGGUUCCUAUUGCGCGCUCUCCAGUCACAAGGACCACCACACAGCCAAGAACAAGCAUUAGGACAGGUCCACCCGAACGGAUCCUGGUCUACUAUGGAGGCACUGGCAGAGCUAUCUUUCUGGGAACACUCCGGAUCACCACAGUGCUUCUCUUUGGAGCAGCAUGUCUGAUCGUUGCACCGGCAUGCUCCGUCGCUGAUUACCCUUGGUACAGCACACCCGCGGUGAUUGCCGCUGGUGCCCUGCCAAUGCUAUUUGUCUCGUAUACUGCCGCGCCGUACGUGAAUUUCAUCCACCUGGCCCUGCCCGCCUUCGCGAGAAAGUCACGUGAAGCUGCUGCUCAGUAUGCAAAGGAACUGCCUCCGACAGCCGUGCUGUAUCUCACUAGCAUGCGGUUCAACACAAUUCCUCGGCAGACCGCUGUGCGUGUGGGAGACCUUGUCCCAGUUAAGGAUGCCUUGCGGCCUGUCACAUUCCAGAACUUAAACCCUUCGCCGCAACGAUGGUGGCAGGGGAAAGCUCCUGUUCAGUUUUAUACUGGAGCGCAUAGCAAACCGGGCCGACAGACCUCAGCCUUCUUCCCUGAAUUAUGGAAUUCGAUUUACCAGCAGAUCCAGAAAGCCAAGCCGCAGCCACGCUAA